UUUCAGUGUAAUAUAUAUAUAUUUUCCUCCACCUGGGUAUCAUUUUGUUGUCAGAUACAAUUGCUUUUAGUUGUAUGUUUACCCGUUCGUGAACCAGCAUCACCUCUAUUGGCCGAUCUGGUCACAUGGUUCGCUAACUUUAUUCAGUUGACACCAAGUAGGAGGGCUUUAUGGAGGGAGGAAAAAAAGACAACUCGAGAAAAAUUAGUAUUUUCUACCUUCAGAAAUUAAUGGCCAUGAGUUCGUUUAUGGUGAACUCUAAGUAUGUGGAUCCCCAAUUUCCUCCCUGCGAGGAAUAUUCACAAAAUAACUAUAUACCUGAGCAGGGCUCGGACUUCUACAGUCCAGCGCAGGACACAGACUUUCAGCAUCCAGGGAUCUACCCACGGCCAAACUACCCGGAGCAGCCCUUCUGCAGCACUGGGCAGGACUCCACUGUGCAGGACUCCACUGUGCUGCCACGGGGUCAGGACAGACCCAGCAGACCCAGCACUUUUAGCGCACAGACUGAGGAGGGGGCCCCGGUGCAAGUGUCCGGACCCCGGACAGUUGGACAGGAGCAAAACACAAAGAGCCAAAAUGGGAUACAGUCCAAGCUGCCUGCAGUAGUUUACCCCUGGAUGAAGAAAGUCCACGUAAAUACUGUGAACCCGGAUUACACAGGACCCGAUACCAAACGGUCCAGGACAGCUUACACCCGGCAGCAGGUUUUGGAGCUAGAAAAGGAGUUUCAUUUUAACAGGUAUCUGACGAGGCGGCGACGGAUUGAGAUUGCCCACACUCUUUGUCUCUCCGAAAGGCAAAUCAAAAUUUGGUUUCAAAACAGGAGGAUGAAAUGGAAGAAAGACCACAAACUACCCAACACCAAGGGCAGAUCUGCCCCAACAUCCAGCCAUCUGCAAAACCUCCAAAAGGACAACCAGACUGAUAUCACAUCAUUAUAAGAAAGGAGGAAAGUCCUUUUUAGACACAAACUGUACAUAAAAAAGACAGAGGUUGCAUCUGACUUUUGCAUGGACUGAUGAUGUUUUUAGACAUUUUUUUUAUUUAACAAAAAAGACCCCAGCAGUGUUGACUCAAGAGUCAGAAAAUCAAUCAGUCUUUAUAAGUGAGAGGUUUGAAAAGCUCUGUCUUGUUUUAAUUUCCUCAAAGAGACACAAAAAACACCGAAACAAACUUUUCUUUCUUUCGUUUUUUUUUUUGGACGUUACCCAACUGAGGACAUUUAAUGAGGGAUCUCGGCUGAUUUCAUGGAUUUAAACAAAGUCUUCCAGCUCUUCUCACGUGGAUUCACGCUGGUUUUACAGAUCGAAAUCUCUUAUUUCAGAACAGGGAAGCCUUUGGUUGAAAUUACACGCACACACAAAGGUUAUUUCUAUUUUGUUCCUAUUCAAACCUCACAUUAAACGCACAAUAUAUAAAAAUAGCCUAUAUCUACUUGAAGGAGGUAUUAUUUGCAUAGAGCACGCCAAACACAACCUACUUUCGUAAGUUGCAAAAACCCCGUUGUAUCUCAGUUCACGUUUCUUUGUGACUCUUAUAUGUUUUAACUUAUUUUGUAAAAUAAAACUUUGAAUUUUUCUUAGCCUAAAUAUUAUUCCUAAACGCAAGACAUUCCUGUGUGCAAACUAUUCUGAGUGCCCUUAUAAAUCUCUCUUGACAUCUUUGUAAACAGUGUACAUUUUCAGAGGCUCUCGCACCAUUUGAGAGUCCUACUAUAAAAGAUCAUUUGUUCCUGCAUGGCAUCAAAUUGAUAUUGGAUGUUUCUCAUCGGAAAUAAUCAAAUCCAGAAUAUUUAGGAAUAUAAUUGUUCGUUUCUUCUUGAUAUUAUUUUUUACGUCAUUAUUUAUUUAAAAAAACGUGUACAUUUUCGUAUAGCACACAUACAAUUUUAAUUAAAAGUAUUCGUUAAAUUUCAAUUGAUCUAAAAUAUGUUUGAACUCUUGUGAAUUAUUAGCAUGGCUUUACGCAGAGUUUGUAGUCUUUAGUUAAUGUGGGAAUCUUCUAGUUUUUCAUUUACACAGAGCUAACCGAGGGGGGCUUUCACGUCACGUUUUCAAAGACAGAUAUUUCUUGUUUGAUACCGUCAUUGUCUUUCGGACAAAAAAAGCCCAGAAGCUCAUCCCAGUAAGAAGAGGUCUUUCUCUGUGAAGUCUUCCCGAUGAGAGGCUUGAAAAGGUAUUUCAACCGCAGGUCGACAAAAGCAGCAGAGGCAGGUUCAUCCAGGGGCCACAUUUCAGCCGCAGGACUGACCCCAACACCUCUGACCCGCCGGACGAGCAGCUCUCCCAGGCGCUCCGAGCUUUGCUUUGGAGGCUUUUUUCCAAACUUAAAAAAAGAGUUUAAAAUAUUCAGGGCGUAAAUUCCACAGUUUUUACACGUGUUUUGACAGUAGGCCUAUUUAUAUAUCAUCCCCCAGAAGCUUCUGAUUUGUGCAUUUGUCUCCUCAUGUCAAUAUGCAAUAUUUUUGGUUUUAUUUUUGUACAUGCUUUUUACCUUGUAUUGUGCAUUGAAAUGCGAGAAGUAUAUUCGAAAAAAUAAAGAUUUCUACUGAUUAUGCA